AUGCCGACUAUAGCCGAACUGCGCGCUGAAGCUGUACAGUUGGGUUUGGAGGGCGAGGCCCUAACGGAAUUUAUUUAUAAGCAGCAAUCUUUCUAUCGCGACGAGCGUGCCGCAGAGAGGGCUGCACACAAUGCUGAACUACUUGCUGUGAGAGAGCGGGAACAGUUGGCUGCUGAACGCGAGAAAGAGCGGGAACAAUUAGCUGCGGAGCUAGAACGUGAGCGUCGCGAUCACGAGAUUAGGAUGUUGGAAUUGAGGAGCCCUCGCGAUUCCGAAGUUCAACUAUCCGAUGCCGCUGCCAAACCUAAACUGCCCAUGUAUCGCGACGGUGAAGACAUAACGUCCUACAUAAUACGUUUCGAGCGCAUUGCUGAGCUCCUGCAGCUGAAUCGUAGUAGUUACGCUGUGCGGUUGGGAACAUUGUUAACUGGCAAAGCGGUUCAGAUUUAUGCUGCCUUGUCCCCAGAUGUUACCGGCGAUUAUGACUCCCUGAAGAAAGCCUUACUCAGUGGUUUCAAUAAAACCCAUGAAACUUACCGUGAGGAGUUCCGUGCUGCGCGCAUUGGCUGGAAUGAGACUUACCUUCAGUUUGCCACUCAAUUAGGCCGUAAAUUAGAUUACUGGCUGGAAUCGCGUGAUGUUCCUAAAGAUUACGCAAGUGUGCGCGAGUUUUUCAUUAUCGAUCAGUUUCUAAGUUCUCUCCCCCCGCCUCUGCGAUUGUUCAUCAAGGAAAAAGACUGUAAACAACUCAGUGAAAUUGUGACCCUAGCCGAUAACUGGUCCGCAGCCCACAAAGCUUACCCUAAGGAUAGCCAUAUGCCUAAGUACCAGCCUGACGUCAAGGGAAACUCUCCGUCUCGUGCGACUGCCAUUCAAAAACCUACCCGCAACUUGGACAAUAGACAAGAGAUGUCCAAGGGCUGUUUUUCUUGUGGUGAUUCGGGUCAUGGUAGAGGCCCUUUGGCUGUUCUUCGUGACCUGUGGGAAGAUAGAAACCUAAAGGCCGAAGAGAGAACCCUCUUCCAAUACGUUAUUGAGUUGCAAGAGAAGCUACAAGAGUGCUCCAAACUUGCUGCAGAAAACGCCGACAUAAGCGUAAGCAAAUAUAAAACUUACUUUGACCUCAAAUCUCAAGAUCUCCAAUUUGCGGUGGGAAACGAAGUGCUUGUUCUCCUUCCUGACUCCAGUAACAAACUUCUGAUGUCAUGGAAAGGACCAUUUAAAGUCGUAGAGAGGAAGAGUAGGGUCAACUACGUCAUCGACCAAGACGGGUCGCUUCGACAAUAUCAUGCCAAUCUCCUGAAGAGAUAUUAUCGUCGGGCUGAUGCUGUCGUUGCUAACGUCGUGGACGAGACGGGGACCCAAGCUUCUUUCCAAUCUGAUCCCUUCUUCGUUUGUCAAGCCUGCCACAUCGAGGAGGAAAUGGCAGAUGGUGGUGAAGCGCUUAACCAGGAUGCUCUCGUAACGCUCGACGUAAAUUCGGAGGAGCGUGCUACUAUCUGCGAAGAUCUUUCUCCAGAGCAGACGCGUGACGUCGCUACGUUGAUCGAAGAAUACGACGAUGUCAUGUCUCCUGUGCCUGGUUGUAGCGGAACUCUAUCAUAUGACAUAGAGCUGAAAACCUCAACUCCCACACGGGCUAGAUUCUAUCCUGUCCCUAUCCAUUUGAAGUCGCACUUCGAUAAGAAGGUGGACAACUUGCUCAAGCUGAAGAUAAUCCAGCCAUCUACUUCAUCUUAUUGUUCACCCAUUGUUAUGGUUCAUAAACCUGAUCAAAGUUACAGAAUGACGAUAGAUUACAGAAUGCUGAACAGCAUUACCGUCUUCCAAGCCGAACCGCCAUGUCUUGUGGAAGAAGACCUGCAUCUGUUUGCCGGUGCUAAGUACUUUUCCGAACUCGACUUGGCACGAGCCUACUACCAGAUCCCGCUCACGGAAAGCACGACCAUCUAA